AUGUCGCAAGAGAAGCCGAUCGUAGAGACAAUCUCCAAUGCCGGCGAUCAGGUGACUAAUGCAUUGGGACAGUUCUGGCAGCUGGUCACUUCCAAGCAAACGGCAAAGUCUGGUGUUGACUCAAAGCCGGUUAAAAUCGAUCAGGUAAGGAUUCUGAAGUCUCACUCGGCAGUCUUGGUUAGAAUUUGCGCAAACUUUACGCAAUUUCUAAUAAAAACCUUAAGGUUUACGCUAAAAUUGUAAGGUCCUUAAAGUUUGCGUAAAAACUGCUUAAGGUUCUUAAAGAAAUUCUGAAAAACUUUAUGCAAUUUUAGCGCAAGCUUUAAGCAAUGAUUGCGAAAAGUUCAAGUAGAAAUUGCGUAAAAUUGACCUCAUCUGUCUAUUUGAUUCCAGCUUCCGCUCUACGCCGAAGACAAUGCUCCGCUGGCUCAGAAGUUUCUUCCGGAAGAGCCGCUUCCGCUGCAACGGGAGUUCGCCACUAUCCGCAUAGCCUGCGCACAAGAGUACGCUCGCGUCGCCGAGCGCUUCAAGGUGGUUGAUUGUGCCGUGACGCAGACGAAGAAGGCGGCGACGAGAUGCAACGAAUACCUGACCGAAGAGUGGACGGCCCUGCCGAAAGCCGCCGCGAUCACCGUCGGCGGAAUGGCCGGAUUCGUGUUGGGACUGAAGCGAGGACCCGUUGGACGUCUUUUCACCACCACGAUCGGUUUGGCCACGAUGGCCGCGUUCUGCUAUCCUGUUGAGGCGGUCGACGUUGCUAAGACGGGAAGAGCUCACGCUGAGCAGACGUGGUAUUCGUUCCAAGAAUGUAAUCAAUUGAAUCUUGAGGAUCCACGGUGGUAAUCUGUAAUCUUUCAGCGCCCACUCCGACCGUCACCAAGACCAAUUUGAGCCCUCCGAAAUGA